GUGACUACUAUUUUGACCUCUAAACUUUGCCCUUUCAACUUUGUGAAGGGUCAAAGGUCGAUAUGGAGACUGCUAAAGUCCACGUGGUUGAAUAGGAACUCAUCAAUCGAUCAUGGAACAACCUCCUACUGAAUACUUCUAUCCUGCACAACAGCCUGGUGUGUACGGCAUGCCCCCACCCCCCGUCCCCGGGUAUAUGGCCCCUCCUAUCAUCAUGGGUCCUGGCAUCAUGUAUCCACCUCCAGGACAGUUCUACCCUCAGGGGGCUCCCCCCAUGGAGCCAGUCCCCAUGACAUCAUCAGAUGGUAUCUCGGACAAUCCUGAUAACUAUAUUCCUGAUGUUAUCAAGGCAUUCAUUCCGUUCUUCCAUGCCCAAGUCAUUGAAAAGAACGUGGAUGAAAUUCUGCGGAUCUAUGAGGAGGAGUUUGGGAAACUAUCUACUCGUUUCUUCACGGAGGCUCCCUGGCCCAGGGCAGAGCUCAUAGCCCCCCUUGUCAAAGGAGACGAGAUGUUCCUGGCUCUCUAUAAGGAGAUGCAGUUCCGACACAUCUACGCAAAGUUCAAGCCAACUGUUGAGCAGAGAAUGGAGUCAUUCCAGAACUACAUCAACCUCUUCAAUAUUAUUCUGGGUUCCAAAGAGCCUGUGGAUUUGGAGAUUCCUAACCAGUGGCUGUGGGACAUCAUUGAUGAGUUCAUUUAUCAGUUCCAAUCAUAUGUCAUGUUUCGAGGCAAACUAAAGAGUCGAUCAUCUGAGGAGAUCCAGCUGCUCAAGGACAACCCUAAAGUGUGGAGUGUCCAUGGCGUCCUCAAUGUACUCUAUGCCCUAGUGGAUAAGUCCAACAUCAACAAACAGUUAGAGGCCUACUAUGCUGGGGAAGAACCCUCCUCCGUGGCUGGAGACCUGGGAAACCUCUCUCUCUAUAAGAACCUCGGCUACUUCAGUCUCAUUGGACUCUUGCGUCUGCACACUCAGCUGGGGGACUACUACCAAGCACUGCAGGCCGUGGCAAACGUGCAGCUCUCUAAGAAGGUAUUGGCCACCACUCGAGUACCAGCCUCUCAGAUCAGUCUCUAUUAUUAUGUGGGAUUCUGCUUCCUCAUGAUGAGGCGUUACAAGGACACCCUCCGCACAUUCUCCAAUAUCAUUGUCUUCAUCCAAAGAGCUAAAAACCACUUUCAGCCAAAGUCCUACCAGCAGUUGCAAGUCAUCAAACAAAACGAGCAGAUGCUCAACAUCAUAGCCAUGGUCGUCGCCCUCAACCCACAGCAUGUUGAUGAAGUGGUCAACUCUCAGCUGAGAGGGGAUAAGUUUGCUGAAAAAAUUAUGUCUCUCUCGAAGGGCGAGCUCAAGACAUUCGAGGAAAUGUUCUUCUUUGCCUGUCCCAAGUUCAUGUCUCCCAUACCCCCGGAUUAUGAGAGCCUUCCUGAGAACUAUAACAAGCAACCUACUGAGCAUCAGUGCGAUGUAUUCAAGGCUGAGAUUGAGCAACAGCUUGUACUGCCCAAACUCAGAAGCUACUUGAAGUUCUAUACUACCAUGCCCAUCUCAAAGCUGUCAGCAUUCAUGGAAGUCGAUGAGGCCACACUGCAAGAGCACCUCCUGUGCUUCAAGCACAAGACCCGUUGCCUAGUAUCAACGAGUAAAGGCACCCAACACCUGGCAGGGGAGGUGCAGUCUAUUUCUGACCUGGACUUCUAUAUUGAUGGGGAGAUGCUACACAUAGCAGACACUAAGAUGGCUCGUCGCUAUGGUGAUUUCUUUAUACGACAGAUCCACAAGCUAGAGGAGAUCUGUUCCAAAUGAAGUGCUCAUGUUGAAUUUAUCGUGUGUGCACAUGUCAUACAUUCUCUGUAGUUGAUCACAAACAAUGUUUUAUUAAUAUUAUGUGUUAUGAUAAUAAUUAUUAAGAAUCAAGAA